AUGGACACAAUAAAGAUAAGCGAUAUUACAAACACAAUGAUCCACAACAAACCCAUCCUUGCGCCCAUCCCUCCCUCCCCCCUCACCCUGUCCGCUCUUCUCCACGCCCUCCACCCCCUCCAUCACCGACACCACCACCACCGCUCCCACCGCCCCAACAACCCCCCAACCAACUCCCCCCGCCUCUUCGGCCUGCUCACAACCGCGGGCUACCUCAUCAACGACUUCAACACCCGCGCCCACCUCCUGACCGCCACCAAACCCACCCACGCCCGCCUCCGCCAGCAGCAGCGCCGCUUCCUGGCGACGCUGAACCUAGACCGGCCCGCUGCCGUCGAGUUCGCGCCCGCGCGAAUGAGGGCGAAAUCCGAGGAGGCGCGCCUGAUGAGGGCCGCGACGCACUAUCGGAUAGGGCUGUGGGGAGUGGGAGAGCUUUUUCAGGGGAUCGUGAUGCAUUGCGGGGUGUUUCGUGGGGUGUUCAUGAGGGAGCCCGAGACUGGGGAGGAUGAAGAGGACGCUGGCGAUGAUAAGAACGCUGGUAAUGAGGAUAUGGUGGUGGGUGUGGGCGAAAUGAUUGACGGUAUGCGGCAGACUGGGAGAGUGAUCUCGGAUGUGGAGACGUGGAAGAGGGACAACCUGGUGUUCCCUGAGGAGAUUUGGUGCGGGCGGAGGAGACUAGGGGACGAGUGGAGAUUUGGUGCAAGCUGCCCGGGAGAAAGGACGAGAGAGACACGGAACGGCUUUUUAAGUAGAUGUGCUCGUCAAUCUUGUGUAGGAAUACUGCACAGGAGUGAUAUCCGAAUAAACAUCUAG